AUGCUGCUUUUAUUUAUUAUUCUGUUGCCAGUAGUUUUUCAAUUUUGUUUUGUUAGUCUCUUAGCACCACAGCCCUGGAGCUGUCCUGAAGGUAUUCCUGCAGGAAAUGGGAACUCUACUUGUGUGGGUCCUGCACCCUUCUUAAUUUUCUCCCAUGGAAAUAAUAUCUUUAGGAUUGACCUGGAAGGAACGAACCAUGAAAAAUUGGUGAUGGAUGCUGGCAUCUCUGUGCUCAUGGAUUUUCAUUACAAUGAGGAAAGAGUGUAUUGGGUGGAUUUAGAAAGGCAACUUUUGCAAAGAGUUUUUCUGAAUGGGUCAAGCCCAGAGAGAGUGUGUAAUAUAGAGAAAAAUGUUUCUGGAAUGGCAAUAAAUUGGAUAAAUGAAGAAAUUAUUUGGUCAAAUCAACAGGAAGGAAUCAUUACAGUAACAGAUAUGAAAGGAAACAAUUCGCAUGUUCUUUUAAGUGCCUUAAAAUAUCCUGCAAAUAUAGCAGUUGAUCCAGUAGAAAGGCUUAUAUUUUGGUCUUCAGAGGUGGCUGGCAGCCUUCACAGAGCAGAUCUCAAUGGUGUGGAAGUGAAGACUCUGCUAGAGACAUCAGAGAAAAUAAUCGCUAUAUCAUUGGAUGUGCUUGAUAAGCGGCUCUUUUGGCUUCAGAAUGACAGAGAAGAAAGCAAUUCUCAUAUUUGUUCCUGUGAUUAUGAUGGAGGUUCUGUCCAUCUUAGCAAACAUCAAACGAAGCACAAUUUGUUUGCAAUGUCCCUCUUUGAUGACCGUAUCUUUUAUUCGACAUGGAAAACAAAGAAGAUUUGGAUAGCCAAUAAACACACUGGAAAGGAUAUGGUUAGAAUCAGCCUCAAUCCAUCAUCUGUACCACCUGGUGAGCUUAAAGUCGUGCAUCCACUCAAACAGCCCAAGGCAGAGGGCAAUGCUCCAAAGUCUGAGCAGAAUCUAUGCAAGUGGAGGAAAGGAAACUGCAGCAAUCGCGUGUGUGGGCAGGAGCCCACGGCCCAUCUGUGUGCGUGCAGGGAGGGCUACACUCUCAGCCCGGACCGGAGGUUCUGCGAAGAUAUCAAUGAAUGUGCAUUGUGGAAUCAUGGCUGUACCCUUGGGUGUGAAAAUACCCCUGGAUCCUAUUAUUGCACAUGCCCUGUAGGAUUUGUUCUGCUUCCUGAUGGGAAACGAUGUCAUCAGUUUGUUUCCUGCCCAAGCAAUGUAUCUGAAUGCAGCCAUGGCUGUGUUCUGACAUCAGACGGUCCCAUAUGCUUCUGUCCUGAAGCCUCGGUGCUUGAGAUGGAUGGAAAAACAUGUAGUGGCUGUUCAUCACCUGAUAAUGGUGGUUGUAGUCAGCUUUGCAUUCCUCUUAGCCCAGUAUCCUGGGAAUGCAGUUGCUUUCCUGGAUAUGAUCUACAACUGGACAAAAAAAGCUGUGCAGCCUCAGGACCAGAACCAUUUUUGCUGUUUGCCAAUUCUCAAGAUAUUCGACACAUGCAUUUUGAUGGAACAGAUUAUAGAACCCUGCUCAGCCAGCAGAUGGGAAUGGUUUAUGCCCUAGACCAUGACCCUGUGGAAAAUAAGAUCUACUUUGCCCAUACGGCCCUGAAGUGGAUAGAAAGAGCUAAUAUGGAUGGUUCCCAGCGAGAAAGGAUUAUUGAGGAAGCAGUUGAUGUACCAGAAGGUCUUGCAGUGGACUGGAUUGGCCGUAGAUUCUACUGGACUGAUAGAGGGAAAUCUCUCAUUGAAGGAAGUGAUUUGGAUGGAAAACAUCGAGAAACAAUCAUUAAAGAGAAUAUCUCUCAACCAACAGGGAUCUCUGUCCAUCCAGUGGCCAAGAGAUUGUUCUGGACUGAUACAGGGAGUAAUCCUCGAAUUGAAAGUUCUUCCCUUCAAGGCUUUGGCCGACUGGUUAUAGCCAGCUCUGAUCUGAUCAUGCCCAGUGGAAUAACGAUUGACUUCCUAACUGACAAGCUGUACUGGUGUGAUGCCAAGCAGUCUGUGAUUGAAAUGGCCAAUCUAGAUGGUUCAAAUCGCCAAAGACUUGCCCAGAACGAUGUAGGUCACCCGUUUGCUGUAGCUGUGUUUGAAGAUCAUGUGUGGUUCUCAGAUUGGGCUGUGCCAUCGGUAAUAAGGGUGAACAAGAGAACUGGAAAAAAUAGGGUAUGUCUUCGAGGCAGCAUGCUGAAGCCCUCGUCACUGGUUGUGGUUCACCCGUUGUCAAAACCAGGAGCCGAUCCUUGUUUACAUCAUAAUGGAGGUUGUGAACAUAUUUGCAAAGAGAGGUUUGGAACUGUUUGGUGUUCAUGUCGUGAAGGUUUCCUGAAAGCCUCAGACGGGAAAAGGUGUCUAGCUCUGAAUGAUCAUCAGAUAUCAACAGGUGAUGAAGUUGAUCUUAGUGACCAAGUGACACAGUCGGACAAUUUAUCCAACACUACAGAGUCAGAAGAUAACAUCAUAGAAUCCCAACACCUGCUAGUGGCUGAAAUCAUGGUGUCAGAUCGGGAUGACUGUGCUCCCAGAGGAUGCAGCAAGUAUGCUCAGUGCAUUUCAGAGGGAGAAGAUGCCACAUGUCAGUGUUUGGAAGGAUUUUCUGGGGAUGGAAAACUGUGUUCUGAUAUAGAUGAAUGUGAGAUGGACAUCUCAGCGUGCCCUCCCACCUCCACCUGCAUCAACACUGAAGGUGGAUAUGUCUGCCGGUGCUCAGAAGGCUACCGAGGAGAUGGAAUUCACUGUCUUGAUAUUGAUGAGUGCCACCUGGGGGUGCACAGCUGUGGAGAGAAUGCCAACUGCACAAACACGGAAGGAGGCUACACCUGCAUGUGUGCUGGCCACCCAUCUGCACCUGACCUGAUUUGCCUUGACUCUACGCCACCGCCUCACAUCAGGGAAGAUAGCCGCUAUUCCAUCAGAAAUCGUUACCCUGGGUGUCCCCCAUCACAUGAUGGAUACUGCCUCCAUGAUGGUGUGUGCAUGUAUGUUGAAGCAGUUGACAGCUAUGCGUGCAACUGUGUUGUUGGCUACGUCGGGGAGCGAUGUCAGCACCGAGACCUGAAGUGGUGGGAACUGCGCCAUGCUGGCCACGGGCGGCAGCGCGACGUCACCGUGGUGGCUGUCUGUGUGGUGGUGCUUGUCCUGCUGCUUCUUCUGGGGCUGUGGGGAGCUCACUACUACAGGACUCAGAAGCUGCUAUCAGAAAAUCCAAAGAAUCCUUAUGAAGAGUCGACCAGAGAUGUGAGCAGUAGCAGGCCUGCCGACAGUGAGGCCGGGCUGUCUUCUCGCUCCGAACCUUGGUUUGUGGUUAUAAAGGAACACCAAGACCUCCAGAAUGGAAGUCAGCCUGUGGCUGGCAAGGCUGGCCAGACAGCAGAUAUUGGUCAGUUUUAUUUUUCCCCCUGGAACGUGGAGCCCCAGGUAUUUGGAAUGGGCCCAGAGCAAGGCUGCUAGAUUCCACCAUCCAGUGAUAAAUGCUCCUGUCCCACGGAGCGAAGCUUUCACAUACACUCCUAUGGGGCACAGCCUGUUGCUGGGGAAAUUGAGAAGCCUUAUUCUCUCCCAUCAACUAACCCAUUAUGACCCCAGAGGGCUCUAGGUCCAUCACACCAAGUGGAGCUGACUCAGUGA